CCCCGGCCCCGCAGUUGCAGGCCGUGCUCUCCGGGUUCCUGCCUCCCCCCCCUGCGCCGCCGGGAUGGCCUCCCAGAACCGAGACCCAGCCGCCGCCAGCGUCGCCGCCGCCCGGAAAGGAGCCGAACCCAGCGGGGGCGCCGCCCGGGGCCCCGUGGGCAAGAGGCUGCAGCAGGAGCUGAUGACCCUCAUGAUGUCUGGUGACAAAGGGAUUUCUGCCUUCCCUGAAUCAGACAACCUUUUCAAAUGGGUGGGGACCAUCCACGGAGCAGCUGGCACAGCCUACUCCCCACCCCUGUUUCUCCAUUGCCAGGUAUAUGAAGACCUGAGGUAUAAGCUCUCCCUGGAGUUCCCCAGUGGCUACCCUUACAACGCACCCACAGUGAAGUUCCUCACACCCUGCUACCACCCCAACGUGGACACCCAGGGUAACAUCUGCCUGGACAUCCUGAAGGACAAAUGGUCUGCCCUGUAUGAUGUCAGGACUAUCCUGCUGUCCAUCCAGAGCCUGCUAGGAGAACCCAACAUUGAUAGUCCUUUGAACACACAUGCUGCCGAGCUCUGGAAAAACCCCACAGCCUUUAAGAAGUAUCUGCAAGAAACCUACUCAAAGCAGGUCUCCAGCCAAGAUCCCUGACUGUCCAACCUACUCUCCUUGUGUUGUCUUUUUAUUUUCUCCCUACAUGGUCUGUCCUUCUCUUCAUUUCUGUCUAGGACUCUGUAUCUGAAGCUGUGGUGUCGUUUUUGUUUUGUUUUGUUUCUGUUUUUUAAAUUAAGUCUCUGUUUGAGCCCUUGUGAUGAAUAUAUUAAAUAAAUACAUUGAUUUUUUUU